AAGAGAAAAAUUAGAUUCACAAAUCACAAUACAACUUGAAUAUAUAAAGGAAACUCAUAAACAAGAUUGAAACAAGAAAGAAAAAAAGAAGAAUGGUUCGAAAAGGUGAUAUUGUUUGGGUAAGAGAAAUUCAGUUCCCUCACAACAACAACAACUACAAUUGGUCUCCAGCUUUAGUUACAUCUUCCAACCACCUCGGCAUCUCACUUUCCUUCUUCAACAACCCCAACACCACACAACGCACCUUCUUUCUUCAAUCCGAAGUUAUUCCUUUCGAUGAAUUACCCUUUUCAAACGAUACAUUUCAAUGCGAAGCCUUCCGUUCUGCACUUAGGUUAUUCGGUCUCAGAAUCGUUUCAAGUUUGCGGUGCCGUUGUAUAACGGGUCAUAACCAAGAGGAGAGGGUUUUACACGGGUCGGGUUAUCAGUUUGACCCGGUUGGAGUUUUGGCUUUUGUUUUAGAUGCUGCUGUUUUGCCUUGGGUUGAGGCUUCGUGUGCUGUUGAUGCUGUUAAAGUCGUUGCUCAGGUUCAUGCUUUUCGUCACUACUCUUCAAUUAAGCAGAAGAAAGUCUACAGAGAAGCUCCAAAAUUAGGUGAUAAUGUGAAGGUGCAUCAAUGUCCCUCUUUGAGUCAGAAAAAAAUUACCACUGAUGCUAUAAGAAGAUUGAAGCCAACAGUUCCUGAUCUGGAAGGACAUUCUGUACAGUUGUUUCAGAAUAAAAUUUUGAUUAUUCCAGACGCUGCAGCUACCAGUGGUAAGGCUGAACUCUUUAUGCAUUCUCCUGCCUUAAGCCCGUUCCACAUUUGGGGAAAGAAUCUAAAGUUGGAAAGGAAGAACCAUCCGAGACUUAAAAAUAUAUUAGAGCAUGGAAUGGUUGAUAUGUGCUUUGAAAAUUGUUCUAGAAUGAGUGAAGCUCAUUUUUCUAUCGCUUCCAAUUUCAAGACUCAUUUCUCUAGUUUGCCUGACAUAGAAACCACUAUAUGCCUUAACAGAAAAAGAAAGCGACCAGAUAAACAUGCUUUAUGUCCUCAAAUUGGCAGAGCUCAAGAAAAUGAAGGUUUUGCAUACAUCUCAAAAAAUACCAGACCUAGGAUCUCAAACAUCAGUACUCUUGAACCAGAAGAAAGUAUUCGAAAAGACAUUCUGUCCUGCACACACUUUCAUGAAACUAGCAUAAUCUUCACUGAUGAGGUCCAUAAAGUGGAUAUGGAAAGAUUUCAAAACUUGAUGUUCCAACAGUCUUUUACAUGUGAAUCAUCUCCUAGUUUAGCGUCUGGCUUCCAUUCUGAUAAUCUUGAGGCUAAUGCCAGUGCAACAAAAGUAAAAUCUGUAUUAAGAUCUAGCUCUUCUGUUUACCAGGAGAGGCUGCAAAGAAGUUGUGAUGGUGAUAUAAGUAUAACACCUCUUAAGCCAAAAGAGUCAGCAAGAUUAAAAUCAUUUUCUGGAGAUCGUUCGCCAAUUAUAUUCAGUUCAAAAGUCAGAGAGCAAUCAGAAACUCAUGUUCCCAUUUGUUCUAAAUUUCUGAACAUGAAGUUCCCCAAGAAUUUCAAUCUACCAUCAAAGGAACAUUUGAUAAAGAAGUUCAGUGUAUUUGGCACUGUAGAUUCUUCAAACACACGUGUCUUUUGUUACACUGGAUCAGCUCGGGUGGCUUUUUUCAAAGAAAGUGACGCAGUUGCUGCAUAUCAAUUUGCCAAAAGAAAGGUCCAGUUUGGUGAGGCUAAUAUCCGGUUUUGGCUAGAUCCUUUUGAACACAAACGAAGAAAGUUGAAGAAUUUAUAUCAUGUGCAUCCCUCAGCAAAACUAACAGGAUCACCUCUGAAAUCAUGUCUGAAAAAAUCCAAUUCCUUGAAACAGGAAAACAUAAAGAAACGUAGGAUGUUCAAUGCAACUCAACAUAAAAGAACUAUGCAGGUUAUGAACAUUGGUUCCUUGGAGUUAUAAUUUCUUAAAGUCACUGAAUUAUGUUCGUCUAAUACAUUGAGUAGAGAUCUGAAAGCUCAAAUGAGUGUAGUGAGUGUUGACUGCACUGAUUAUAGAAAAUCCUUCUCUGUAGUUAAAAUCUGAACCAUUAGACUGAUUAUAGGAAAUCCUUUUCUGUAGUUCAGCCAAGGAGGAUUUACUUUCACAUUGAAUGAACGUAAAACCAAACAAAUCAAACAAGUACUCGUAUAGAUUCGCGAAACAUUGUUAUAAAUGGUUUUGCACAAAUGAACCGGUUCAUUCCAAUAAUUUUCUUCAAAAGACAUCACUCAUAAAAUACAUAAAAUUUGAAAACACAUU